AGAAGCUGUCAUGGACUUUACAUUUCCCUAUUACUUCGGUUAUUCGGUCGUGUUUUUCCGUAAACCGGAUCCCAAUGCUGAUAAAUGGUACACCCUGCUGGCUCCAUUUACCUGGCAGGUGUUAUUGUGUAUAUUCUGUGCUGUUAUAUUCGUGGGCUUCCUACUGUAUGGGAUAGAACGAUUCAACCCAUUUUACGAAAAGAUGUAUCCUAAACGAAAACACGUUGGUUUACAAAGCACCAUGUGGUAUUUAUAUGGCGCUUUAUUGUCUCACGGUGGUAAUGCCAUGCCGGAAGCUGCAGCAGGACGACUAGUUAUCUCCACCUGGUGGUUGUUUUGUAUGAUCUGUGCCGCCACCUAUAGUGGAAAUCUUAUUGCUUUCUUGACUGUCACAACGAAAGAAGUCCCCUUUAGUACCUUGGCUGAGAUGGUAGCUAAUGACGAAUAUACCUGGGGGUAUUUACAAGGCAGCUUCUUGGAAACAUUAUUCAAGAACUCUAACUUACCAACAUAUCAGAACGUGUGGGAAGGAAUAAAAAGAUUCAGUGAAAACAACCCAAAUCAUCUUCACCCAAGUAUUGAUGCACAUUUCGAUCGAAUGAUGUCCAGCAAGUACGCUGUAAUCGAUGAUGGGUCUUCGAUCUUUUCCUGGUCGGAACAUCAGUGCGAUAUAGAAAUACUCAAUGAACGGUUCUUCCCUAAUCACUAUGCCCUUGGUCUUCCAAAUCACUCGCCUUUCACCAACCUCAUCUCAAACCAGAUGAUAAAGAUCUAUGAAAGUGGACUUUUACAAGUUUGGCAGCAGAACUGGUGGCCCAAAACAAAGUUUUGUAAGGGAUCCUUGACUGCAGAAACUGAAGCCAUUGAUCUGCUGUCCUUACAGAGUGCUUUCUAUGUCCUAUGUAUUGGGUUGUUUCUAGCUUUCGUUACUCUGGGCAUUGAGUUCGUCAGAAGAUGCAUUAUGAAGAAUCAAAAACCUACACAUCUUGGAGAAGGCGAAAAGCAACAUUAAGGCUAUACAAAACAUUUAGUUUCCCAAACAUUCAUUACAAAAAAUCUGAUACGGGAGGGAAGAAUCUUUUUUGUUUGUAUAUUUUUAUAUUGUGAAAUGAUGUCCACUUUCAUGCUUACCAAUCUUCAUAAUACAUAACAUACUUUCAAUAACUAAUUGUCUCUCUAACGAUUUUGUUUUUCAAAUGUGAAUGAUGCUUAAACCAUCUCCCAUUAUCAAACAAUAAUAUUAGUCAUUUCUUUCUCCAUAACUACAUGUAGAAUGUACUUAAAAGAUCUUUAAAAUUCAGAAGACGAAUGGAUAGUUGCUACAUCCUGACAAUGCUAUCAAGUGUCAUUUAUGACUGUCAAUACCAUUUAUCAGGUUUGUGCACUUUCACCGGAAAUGUU